AUGGCCGUCAUCAUGGCGUCGCUCUGCGCAAGCGUCUUUGUGGCAGCGCUCGACAUCACCAUCAUCGCAACAGCCACGGCCACCAUCGCCGGCGACCUGGCCAGCCCCUCAGGGUACCAAUGGAUCGGGAGCGCCUUCAUCCUGACCAACACGGCAAGCACGCCCUCGUGGGGCGGCCUCUCCGACAUCUGGGGCCGCCGGCCUAUCCUGCUCGCCGCCGUCGCCAUCUUCUUCGCCGGCAGUCUCAUCUGUGCCCUUAGCUCCUCGUUCGCUACCGUCAUUGCUGGCCGUGCUGUCCAGGGCCUCGGCGCCGCCGGGCUCACCACCUUGGUCAACAUCUGCGUGAGCGACCUGUUCUCGCUCCGAGACCGCGGCCUGUACCUUGGUCUCACCAACUUUGUCUGGGCCCUGGCCGGCGCGGUAGGCCCUGUCUUGGGUGGCGUCUUUGCACAGCAGCUGAACUGGAGAUGGUGCUUUUGGAUCAAUCUCCCCAUCUCCGGAAUCGUCUUCAUUCUUCUGUUCUUCACGCUUCGGCUGAAGAGUCCCAAGCGGCCAGUUCGCGAUGGACUCCGGGCCAUCGACUGGACGGGAAGUCUCCUCAUCAUCGGGAGCACUGCCAUGUUUCUCGUGGGAUUAGACUUUGGCGGCGUUGCGUAUCCCUGGGGCUCGGCCGUUGUGGUCUGUUUGAUUGUUUUUGGAGUAUUGGUGGGCGUGCUGUUCGUCCUCAACGAGUGGAAGGUGGCAGUUCAACCCGUCGUGCCUCUCCGCCUUUUUCGUCGGCCCUCCAAUGUGGCGGCUUAUACCAUGUGUUUCUGCCACGGUUUUGUAUUCCUGGGUGCCGCAUUCUACCUCCCCCUCUAUUUCCAGGCCGUCUUGGGUGUUGGCCCGCUGUUGUCGGGUGUUCAUCUCAUUCCUUUCAUCGUCUCGAUCAGUCUCUCGGGGGCGUCCACAGGCCUGUUCAUCCAGCGGACCGGCAAGUACAUGGUUCUUGUCUACAUUGGUAUCACGCUGACUGCUCUGGGAACUGGCUUGUUUCUUCUUCUCGAGGCUACAACCAACUGGCCUCGGAUCAUUAUCCCCCAGCUGGUAGCUGGCAUCGGGGUGGGCAUGCUCUUUGAGCCGCCUCUUCUCGCUGUCCAGGCCAUCUCUGAGCCUCGCGACAUUGCCACAGCAACGUCGACAUUUGGCUUUAUUCGCUCACUCUCCUCGGCUAUUUCCAUAAUAGUGGGUGGCGUUACCUUUCAGAACCGGAUGGCUGACGAGGCCAGGGAUCUGAUUUCUGCUCUUGGGGCGGAUGCCUUGGGUCUUUUGGGGGGGGGAGAGGCCGCCACGCACGUUGAAGCUGUUAGCUCUCUCCCGCCUGACCAGCGGGCCAUUGCAAGAGAAGCCCUGACAAGAGCUUUGCGGACGGUGUGGAUUUUGUAUACCAGCUUUGCGGUUGCGAGUCUCGUUGCCGGUCUCUUUCUUCGGCCAUACACACUAGGCAAGGACAUAGGUACCGCUAUCGGGCCUUUGGGCGUGGAAACAGGUGAUGAGGAUGUUGACAGGAGCAGGCCGAGUUCAUCGCGAACAGCAGAUGACAGGCAGGUUGUCUAG